AUGAUCUUCCCCGCAACCAACGUUGAACCAACCUUGGAAACCCAAGCUCUUCUCAUAUUGACGAUGACGGCUCAGUCCCUGCGAGAGAUCAACGCUCAUAACCUAAACACCUUCAAAAACCACUAUGUAUCCGAGAUAUCAGGGUCGCUGGGCGACCUCGGCACAUUCUUGCCCAUCGCCAUUGCACUGGCCGUAAAUGGAACUGUGUCGCUGGCAAGCACUCUGAUUUUCUCAGGAGUAUACAAUAUCCUAACCGGUCUAUAUUUCGGUAUUCCACUCCCAGUACAGCCCAUGAAAGCUAUCGCCGCCGUUGCUAUCGCCCGGAACUUUUCCAACGGUUCAAUCGCCGCAGCAGGCAUCUUCGUAGGUGCCUGCGUCCUCGUUUUCAGCAUAACGGGACUACUGAACUGGUUUACAAAAGUCAUCCCAGUCCCUGUCAUCAAGGGCAUCCAAGUCGGCGCAGGUCUGUCACUAGUCAUUUCAGCCGGCGGCAGCGUGCUCGGCUCCUUAGGCUGGAUCAGCCCGUCCUGGGCAGACAAUCGGAUCUGGGCACUGGCAGCCUUUAUUGCUCUGGUAAUAAACAAUGUUUACCGCCGAGUUCCCUAUGCAUUGGCACUAUUUGCACUAGGCCUUGUAUUCGCCAUCAUCUGUACCGCGCUGGCGGGCCAUCUGCCACGUUUUGCGGUUUGGCAUCCAUACAUUGUUCUCCCGACGCCGCAUCAAUGGCGUGUUGGUGCUGUUGAUGCUGGUAUCGGUCAGAUCCCUCUCACGACACUUAACUCUAUUGUUGCUGUUGUUCACUUGUCCCAGGACCUACUGCCGAGCGUGCAUACCCCGUCUAUCACGCACAUCGGUCUCAGUGUUGCUGGUAUGAACAUUCUGGGCUGCUGGUUUGGUGCCAUGCCUGUAUGCCAUGGCUCUGGCGGUCUGGCAGCGCAGUACCGUUUCGGUGCACGAUCAGGUGCUAGUGUCAUAUUUUUAGGAGUGUUGAAGCUCAUCAUCGGCUUCUUGUUUGGGGAGACUCUGGUUGAUCUGCUGAAACGCUUCCCUGCCGCAUUCUUGGGUGUCCUGGUCAUCGCGGCUGGACUUGAACUAGUUAGCGUGGGAGAAAGUCUUAACACUUCUGGUGCUCGUGAUCUAGCUCAUUCUGGAGAAGGUAUCUUGGGGCGUGCGGAAGAGCGUAUCGGUCUUCUGCUCACGGAAGAAGAACGGAAGCGUCGCUGGACAGUUAUGAUGGUUACCGUUGGCCUAUUGGUUGGGUUCAAAAAUGACGCAGUUGGCUUCAUUGCUGGUAUGCUAUGUCACUAUGCCUACGAGCUUCCCGGGUGGUUGGAUAAGGCACAUAGGCGGUGGUUCCCUAGUCGCCUUCGUUUGCCUUGA